AUGGCACCAGCGGCGACCAAAAAGUCGAAGAAGACGGCGGAGUCGAUCAAUUCACGUUUGGCGCUCGUCAUGAAAAGCGGGAAAGUGACCUUGGGAUACAAGAGUACCCUCAAGACUCUUCGAUCCGGAAAAGCCAAACUGGUCAUCAUUGCCGGAAACACUCCUCCUCUGCGCAAAUCCGAGUUGGAAUAUUACUCCAUGCUAUCGAAGACCAACGUGCAUCAUUUUGCAGGCAACAACAUCGAGCUGGGUACUGCAUGUGGGAAGCUCUAUAGAUGUUCUACGAUGGCUGUGUUGGACGCUGGUGACUCGGAUAUCUUGACUGGUGCUACAGCAUAA